UACAAACUUCAGUCAGAAUGGAUGUUUGCGUUUUACUAACAUAAAUAUUAGUUAAAAUAACGACAAGGUAGUUGUUUUAAGUCCUCAUUCAGACAUUGGAUGAGUUGUAUGACGACAUGUCACUAAAGUUCGAGACGUUUAACGAGAUGUUUUAGGGCAAUGGAGAGUGAACAGUGUAAAAUAUUUGGCGGUGACGAAGACGAUACAUCUGGAUCAGACACUGUGUCAGAGGGCGAGACGCGUUCCGAACCGUCUGAAACCGAAUUACACUUUGAGUCACUCAAACGACAUUGUUUAGAUUUUGUAAGUUUGGAAGGUAAAGACAACGAUUUAAAGGAAUGCAACGAGGAGAUACAAGCGAGAAAUGGAAAUAACCAAGGAGAAAACGAAGUCGACGAGGAUGAAAUGUCGGAUAACCUCCUCUACCCCCCAUCCAUGUUUUUCCGGAAGUUCAGUAACCCAGAGGUCUCCAACUGUGCCAGUUUAGUGCAGAAAUUUAAGCGACAGCUCAGCGAAGAUGGCAGAGAGCUCCGACGAGGAAGCCUAGGGGGUGCUCUAACAGGGAAGUACCUGCUGCCAUAUGUCUCAGCACAGCAGGCAUGGUCAGCCACAGCCUCGGAGACCACCAACCUGGUGCGCAUGCGCUCACAGACCCUCGGGAAAUCUGCACCCUCCCUCACAGCCAGCCUGAAGGAGCUCAGCCUUCCCAGAAGAGGAAGUUUCUGCAGAACAAGCAACAGAAAGAGUCUUAUAGGAAGUGGACAGUCGGCUGCUCUUCCUCGACCACACUCGCCUCUCUCAUCACACACAGGCACUAGUCCUCAAGACAGUCCAAGAAACUUCUCCCCAAGUGCUUCUGCUCAUUUCUCCUUUACUCGCAGAACCGAUGGGCGACGCUGGUCCUUGGCAUCCCUUCCCUCCUCUGGCUAUGGCACGAACACACCCAGUUCCACUGUUUCGUCGUCCUGUUCAUCACAGGAGAAGCUCCAUCAGCUGCCCUUCCAGCCCACACCGGAUGAGCUGCACUUCCUAUCCAAGCAUUUCUGCACUGAGAGCAUUUCUGGUGACGACUGCAGAAGAGCCACAGCCAUGCGUCCCCGCUCCCGCAGCCUUAGUCCUGGAAGAUCACCGUCAUGUUGUGACCAUGAGAUUAUCAUGAUGAAUCACGUGUACAAAGAAAGAUUUCCUAAGGCCACGGCUCAGAUGGAGGAGCGCAUCAAGGAGAUCAUUCAAAGCAACUCCCCCGAGAAUGUCCUGCCGCUGGCUGAUGGUGUGCUCAGCUUUGCGCACUACCAGAUCAUCGAGCUGGCCAGAGACUGCCUGGAAAAGUCACGUCUUGGCCUCAUCACCUCCCGAUACUUCUGUGAGCUCACAGAUAAAUUGGAAAGGCUCUUUCAGGAGUCGACUGAGCGAUCGGAGAGUGCAGAGGUGACCUUCAUCAAGGAGCUGGUAAAAAAGAUUCUCAUUGUGAUUGCCAGGCCUGCACGACUCCUGGAAUGCCUGGAGUUUGACCCUGAAGAGUUCUAUCACCUCUUGGAGGCUGCAGAGGGUCAUGCCAAAGAGGGACAAGGAAUCAAGACAGACAUCCCAAGAUACAUUAUCAGCCAACUUGGCCUGACAAGAGAUCCACUUGAGGAAAUUGCCCAGUUGACAAGCUACGACAGCGGGAUUGCAGAAACUCCAGAGACUGAUGACUCUGCCAGUUCUCACAGUCUAAGUGCAGCACUACGGGCUCGACGCAAACCUUGUGAGCUGGACUUUGAGAUGAUCAAACUCAUCAGUAAUGGGGCCUAUGGCGCUGUAUAUUUGGUGAGACACAAGGACACAAAACAGCGCUUCGCCAUGAAGAAAAUCAACAAGCAGAACUUGAUGUUGAGGAACCAGAUCCAGCAGGCCUUUGUGGAGAGAGACAUCCUAACCUUCGCCGAGAACCCUUUUGUGGUCAGCAUGUACUGUUCCUUCGAGACACGCAGGCAUCUCUGCAUGGUUAUGGAGUAUGUUGAGGGAGGUGAUUGUGCUACUCUUCUGAAGAACAUGGGUCCUCUUCCUGUCGAUAUGGCCAGAAUGUACUUUGCUGAGACUGUAUUAGCUCUGGAAUAUCUUCACAACUAUGGAAUUGUCCAUCGAGAUCUCAAACCAGACAAUUUGUUGGUGACUUCAAUGGGACACAUCAAGCUGACAGAUUUUGGCCUGUCGAAGGUGGGGCUGAUGAAUAUGACCACUAACCUCUAUGAGGGUCAUAUUGAAAAGGAUGCCAGAGAGUUCUCUGACAAACAGGUGUGUGGGACGCCGGAGUACAUUGCUCCAGAAGUGAUCUUGAGACAAGGCUACGGGAAGCCUGUGGAUUGGUGGGCAAUGGGCAUCAUUCUGUAUGAGUUCUUGGUGGGCUGUGUGCCAUUCUUUGGAGACACUCCAGAGGAGCUGUUUGGCCAGGUCAUCAGUGAUGAAAUAAACUGGCCGGAGGGUGAGGAUGCGCCACCAAUCGAUGCCCAGGAGCUGAUCACCCUGCUGCUCAAACAGAACCCUCUGGAACGCCUCGGCAGUGGAGGUGCAUACGAGGUCAAGCACCAUCAGUUUUUUCAUAGUUUGGACUGGAACAGUCUGCUGAGGCAGAAGGCAGAGUUCAUCCCUCAGCUGGAGUCUGAGGACGACACAAGCUACUUUGACACACGAUCUGAUAGGUACCAUCACCUUGAAACUGAAGAAGAUGACGACGAUACCAAUGAUGAAGAUUUCAACGUGGAACUGCGUCAGUUUUCCUCAUCCUCACAUCGAUUCUCUAAAGUGUACAGUAGUCUGGACCUGUCACGAGGUCAGUUGGAGGAGAAAGGAGAACACGCAGAGAAGAAGACUGAAAGUCCACUAACUGUCGACUCACUGAGCUGGACUCCAGACUUCACUGAGAUCCCCUCUCUCUCUCAUUCAUCUGACACUGAGAGCACCAGCCUGAGCAGAUGUUCAGGUCUCCUGCCCAAGUUUGCCAUCUCUGCUGAAGUGGAGGACGGCGAUGGCUCUCUGGCUUCGGAAGACCCCAGUAAAGUGACCUUUAGCAUUGGGGAGUUGCCUCGGGAUGAGCCUGAUCCUACUACACCCUGUAGCACCAUCAGUAACUCAACCCUCUCAGGCAGUUUUUCAGAGCACCUGGACCAGGUGCCGUCGAGGGACGAGGCAGUUGAGAGUCCGGACAGCUCCUGUAAGCCCUCUUCUGAUACAGUCUCCUUCUUGAGCACUCCCAGACCAGAGAUUACAGACAAGCCGUGUGCAGUCAGCAAAGUGCCAAAAUCAGUGUCUACCAGCGCCCUGUCACUCAUGAUCCCUGGAGAUGUUUUUGGUGUGUCCCCAUUAGUCAGUCCUAUUUCUCCAUACUCACUGUCAUCAGACCCCUCCUCCAGAGACUCCUCCCCCAGCCGAGACUCCUCCCACUCUGGUGUCACCAGUCGUCAACCAAUCAUCAUCCAUAGCUCAGGGAAGAAAUUUGGUUUCACUUUGCGCGCAAUCCGGGUCUAUGCCUGUGACAGUGAUGUUUAUACGGUUUAUCAUAUGGUCUGGAAUGUAGAAGAUGGUGGACCUGCUCAUAAGGCUGGACUUAAAGCUGGAGACCUGAUCACUCACGUGAAUGGAGAAACAGUUCAUGGACUGCUUCACACUGAGGUGGUGGAACUACUACUGAAGAGUGGAAGUAAAGUUACAAUAUCCACAACCCCUUUUGAAAACACUUCAAUCAAAACCGGUCCAGCAAGAAGGAAUAGUUAUAGAAGCAAAAUGAUUCGAAGAACAAAGAAGCCCAAGAAAGAGAAAAUGCAAGAAAGGAGACGAUCAGUAUUCAAACGCUUCGCCAUGCAGCCUUCUCCACUCUUACACACCAGCCGUAGUUUCACCUCACUGACCCGCUCACUGUCAUCAGGAGAGAGCCUGCCUGGAUCUCCCACACACAGCCUUUCACCACGCUCCCCUACAGCUGGCUUUCGUCCAACACCCGACUUUACCCAGUCAGCUGGGUGCUUUAUUUCUCCAGGCGGCACUUCAUCACAGAGCAGUUCCCCUAGUUCAAGUGCUCCUAACUCACCUGCAGGCUCCGGCCACAUCAGGCCCAGCACUCUGCAUGGUCUGGGACCUAAACUCCCUGGACGUCUCCGUCAAGGGCGACGCAAAUCAGCAGGCAGCAUUCCCCUUUCUCCACUGGCCCGCACCCCCUCCCCAACCCCGCAGCCUCAGCCGACAUCUCCUCAGCGCUCGCCAUCUCCCUUGCUGAGUCAUACAUUGGGGAACACCAAAACAUCUCAGACUUUCCCCACUAAGAUGCAUUCACCCCCCACCAUUGUCCGCCACAUGGUGCGACCUAAGAGCGCUGAGCCUCCUCGUUCCCCGCUCCUAAAACGAGUCCAGUCAGAGGAGAAGCUCUCCCCCUCAUAUCCUGGAGACAAAAAACACUUAUGCACCAGAAAGCACAGCUUGGAGGUGACCCAAGAAGAGGCUCAAGGAGAGGCCUUGUGUAAGGGGGAGCAUACCCCUGCAUACAUAGAAGAGAGCGCAACCUGUGAACCACUUGCUAAUACUCGAGUAAGACCUGCUGAGCAGGGCUGUCUAAAGCGGCCUGUGUCUCGCAAGGUUGGUCGACAAGAGUCAGUAGAGGACUUGGACAGAGAAAAGCUCAAGGCCAAGGUGGUGGUGAAAAGGCAAGAAUGGUCUGAGAGACGGGAGUCUUUGCAUAAACAAGACAACAUGCAAGGUCCGGAAGGUUCUGCGAGUUCCCUCGCCACUGAUGAUAAGGAGAGGACUCUUCUAACAAGACCCAAUGCAAGAGCACAAAGUUCUGAUUCUGGAUCACUGGACAAGUCCUCUAAUGCUACUUUGAAGGAUGUGCUUUACAAAAAACUAAACCCAAGAGUGUGUGAGAGCAUCGCAGAGACCGCCGGCGGAGAUUGUGCUUCGCUGUUAAGCGAGAGGUCAUCUCCAUGCCAACAAGAUAGACAGCUGUCGAGGACAAUGAAAGAGUGUAGUAAGCCAGACAGGUUAGAUUUUAAAGCACCAAACAUUGAGUUUGCAAGGAAGAGGCAGUCAUUUGACGAAAGGGAGGACUCAUUAUGUCGCAUUUCAUCUAGCAUUCACGAAAGCCUUCAUUUUAACCCCACCAGGUCCAAAAGUCUUCAGCUAGAUUCCGCUUUGGUUUUAGAACACUUGAAAGGGGGCAUGUGCAACAUUCACUGUUCUUCUGGAAUGAGCCCUGAGACUUUGGUUCCUAAGCUGUUCAGUGGGAGAGGAGAGAGUGCCGUAGAAAAACUUCAAAUGAUAGCCUCCUCUGAAAAUCCCAUCAGGAAAACCUCUUCGGACUACAAAUUGGAAGGACGACUUGUGUCCUCUUUAAAACCACUGGAGGGUACAUUAGACAUUGGCCUGCUUUCUGGGCCUCGGGUGUCCAAGACUGACACGUGUCUCUCCAAAAUGGCAGACAACCAUGGUGACACUGCAACAAUGGCUGGAGAUCUGUGUAGAAAACAGCUAAUUCAACAUAAAACAACAGGGGCACUUACUCCUAAAGACAACGUGAAUUUGAACAUCAAAAUAACUUCAAAAGAAGAGCCUAUAUCCAAGGACUGCCAUGAAGAAUUUUAUGAUGGAAGCAAAUGUAAGGAUGGCAUGAAAUUGCAAAAUACCCCUGAAGUAGAAUCCAUUGACAUAAAUGUGAAGUCCGAGAGUAGGCUAAAGACAGCUCAGGAGUUGAGGGCUGCACGACACUGCACUCAUUUUUCGUGUGGGAAAACGCCUUCCAUUAGGGAGGUCAGCAAUGAAGACCAAGAGGAGGAUCUGGAAAACCCUGAGGAAGCACCGGCACAGCAAGUUCAGAAAAUACAACCAGUCCCUACCAAAACUCACGAACCUGACAAGUGCCCAGUUUCUACUGUUGUUAUUCCCCAGCUCAAAUGUUCUCAACAAACCCCAACAGCAACUUCUGAUAGAAAUCCUAGUGGGACAAUAAAGGCACAUCACAAUUCACAUUCAACCCUGUCUACAGAAAAGGACAAGCCAGACAAAUCAAACAAAACUGCAAAGGUUGCAGAGCAGAGUCAUCUUACACAAGAUAUUACAAGCAAUGCGUUGGGGAUAAUAAGUCCAAUAUUGGCUGUAACGAAGGAUCAUGUAGACAGAAAGGACAAGAUCGCUGGUGCCAAAGACUCCCAUGAUUCUGUUGCAAAGCAUAUUCAAGAUUCUUUGGAAGAUAAGGCAUUAGACAGAAUUGACAAAAUUGUAAAGACUUUUCCGAUCACAACUAGCUUUGAGCAGGCUAACUCAAAAUCAAAUGUCAAUGACAUAGCAUUUAUCCCUCAGAGUGUAUCUUCUGCAUCUCCUGUCACAAAAUUGGCAGAAACUUCUGAGAGUCCCCUAGUUAAAAGCCCAUUCUCUCCCAAACCUAUGCUUCAAAGAAAAGACACACCGUCCUCCAUUGCUGCCCCUCUAAAGGCCUUGCCGGCUACUAAUUCACAACCCCAAGCCAUUGCAAACACCAACCCACAACUUUCUGGACUGACUGAAGUUAAAACAAUCCAAGAUACACAGUCUGAACAAACAUGUGCCGAAGUAUCACGAUCUGAUAGCUUGGCAAAUGGACAGACGAGUAAUUCAGUCCAGUUAUCCAAACAAAGCUCUGACAAAACACAAAAUGCAACUAACAAAUCCAAUCCAACAGUAAAGGAUCUAAAACCCAUUGGACCAUCUUCAGACUCCAGAGAUAAACUCUCCACUCAAAAAGACCUAAAAUGCCAUGCGAGUGAAAAGAUUGGCUCUGCCACUGUAGUUUCAAAGAGCUGUGAAAAGCAAGAAGCCCUUGUCAAAAGUCAGGUAUGUGCUACUAUCACUCCAAAGCCGGACAUUGGUGCAAGUUCACCGAAAACUAAGAGCUGUAAUUUUACAAUUGGAGACACAGUCCAUAUAAAAUCACCACUUAUAACUGAAGAAAAGCAGAAAUUCAAGAAAGGACUUGAUCUAGAAAGCACCAAGGCUAAUAAACAAGUUAUGAACACUUCCAAAACUGAUACAGGUCCAGCGCAGACUGCAAUUAAACAGCAAGAACAAUCUGGCAACAAUUCAUCAAAACAGCCUCCUUUGAGUUCCAAGAACAAACCUAGAGUUGACUCUCCACUUGUUACGCAAUCCACUGGAAAGGCGGUUGAAGACAAGGGUAAGCAGGAGAACAAACCACAGCUACAGCCCAUUGUCAAAGACGGUACAGUUAAACAUAAGGAUCAGAAAGAGUCUGUCUUUUCUACGCCUAAAGCCCAGAAAGUGACCCGCACUGGUUCUCAAGGUGCACCAGUGUUACCUGUACCAGCUGUUAAAAUCUUUGUUUCAAGUGGGAUUCCUGCAGGUAAGGGCUCUGGUGAAACCUCCAGAUCUUCCUCUAAGGAGCAAAUUAAGCCCAGAAUUGACAUUCAGAGAUCAGAACCUCUCAAGGUGUCCAGCGCUAGUGAUAAUGUUGGUACUACUUCUACAACAUCCAGUCCUGACUCUAUGAGGAUCUACAAUGAUUCAAAGGUGAUUGAUAAAUCAGUUUCAUCCAGCCGGAAAGAGCAAGUCGAAAAGAAGAAAAAAGAACCUUCUCAAGAAACAUCAUCAGCACCCAAAUCGACCCAUAAAGACUCUGCAAAAGGUGCAAUGUUAACAAAGGAUAUUACCACUUCUGAAAUAGAUUCAAUGCGUCCUAAACAAACAAAAGAUUCGCCACGAGGUUCGAAAAAGUAAUACCUUAUUGUAGUUGCCAAGGUUAUUUUUCAAAGGACUAUGAGGAUAUAAGCGUCAUUGUUGUCUAUGUGUAAUAUUAUCAAGCCUUCCUAUCUGCGGACCGGUGAAACUGUUACUUUGGGUUUUCUCAAGAAACCAGAGAGAUUAAUUUGCGUGGUAAUCUAUGUUUUGUUUAUAUAUUCUGUGUUAAAAAAUAGGCUGAAUGUAGUCUUGUUUUGCUGCUGAUUUGUGUUCACUUUUUAGCUCUUGUGAAAGCGCCAAAGUAGGCAUUAUGCGAGUUGCGUGUGCAAUAAUUGUGGAGAUGGAGCGGGGAUGCCUUUCUUAAGGCUCAGCUGUGCCAAUUAUGGUUGAAAUGAAUGUGCACCUCAGAUUUAAAAUGAAGACUGUGUGUAAAAGGUUCUUGCUCAUUUAAACUAACCAUUAUCAUGUAUUACACUGGUUUUUGACAUAUUUUAAAAAAAACUACAGAAAAUAUAGCAAAGGUGCUAUUAAUGUGGCUUACACUCUGCAAGCAGAAAACUCACUGACAUUGUACUUUACUGUUUUUUUGUUUGUUUGUUUUGUGUGUUUAUUUCAAAGAUUUGUUUUGGGUAGCGGUGCACAGAGGGAAAGCACUUUGUCCUGUGCUUCUCACCUGGAACUAUUUUAUAUUGGAAUCAUCUUAUGGUUCUGGAAUCGUAGUGGAAGGGGCCUUAGGGUUUUCUGGGGAAUAACGACUUGCUGUUCUUAGCAGGUUUUGGCGAAAUUCACAUUCCUUUCACAUACAUUUCUAAGUAUUAAUUUUUAUGCAAUAUAUUGUAAAUACUGCGGCGGUAAUUGUACAGAGGGGGUCGGUUAAAAAUGAGUGUCGUAUGUUUUAUAUGUAUAUAUUUUGCUAUGUCAUGUUUGUAACUGUACUUGACGUUAGUCUCCUAGUGAUGUCAUCUGCUCCGUAGUUCUGCUGAUUUAGAGUCUAUACUAGAAUAACUUUUAGUCUCACUCGGAAAUGGAAGUGUACUUGAAGUUUCAAUAAGGUAUGUAGGGGAUAACCACAUGCGUGCAGCAGAAUUUUCUCACAAAGUUCUCUUAAUCAUCAUUCUUGAGAAAUCACAAAUGAAACUAUGUAUUUACCUAAAAACAGGGACAAUGCAAAUGUAGCACAUGAUUUAAAGGCGGAAAUUGAAGGUUUGCUACUAUGUGGAUAAUACUUACAAUCUGUUUUUACGAAAAAAUCUAGCGUUUACAUUCAGUAAACACAACAUGAUGUACUUCCCCUGGUUUGGUUAAAAGGGCUUAUGCAGGGAUUAUCAAAAGUGAUUUUUGUGACUGUUUGUGGUAAGAGUCAUGAGUUUCACCACAUUUUUCAUUUUUAGUCAGUUGCUAUUCUAUUCAUAUGCACACUUAAAUGCAUUUGUGGUGUCACAUCUCUGAUCUAGAAGAAUUGAUAGGUGUGAAAUCUAAUGCUCUCGUUUCUUUCAUGUCAGGGACAUUUAUGUAAAAUUUUCAAAGUAAUCACCUGUAAAACAUCCUUGUCACUAGUUUCGAUUUAUUUAUCUUAAUACAGUCGCACGAUUUAUCAACUGUUCAGUGGUCUGAACUUUAAACCUGUUAUAACACAUACCAACUUCAAGUAAAUCAAUAGUCUACCUUAGCCCAUUUCAGUACACAUAUCUUGCUGAACGUCUAGGCUAUAUUACAGUAUGAUAUUAAAGUACUUUACAAUAUUAAAUGUAAGCAAAGAGCAUAUAUAGGAACUGGUCACACAAAUGUGCUUAAUUAUCUAAAUAACGCAAUGCACCGUGUUAAGUAAAGCUAGAGAUUUUUAAACUGUGUAAGCAGACUGAAUUUUCUGUUCCUCGUAGACCUAACUACGUAGUUUAGGAAGUCUGGACAGAUACAAUGCACCUUAUGAUUAAACACGAUGCUUAUUGGGGUUUCGGGAAAAUGAUUCUAAGCUAGCAUUAUAUGAACUAAAUGUGAAUGUUUUUUAGGACACAUGCAUUGUCUGUUAUCAGUAUUGCCAUGAAUUGACCCCAGAGAUUUCUGUUGGUGUUGCUUUUCUUCCCCUGCCUUUUCUGUAAAUUGAUGUUUAAAAAGCACAUUAAAUGUUUGUUUACAGCUACUUCAUGGAUGUAUAUCAUGUACAUUGUGUAAUUUGCCAAAUUAAUGUGCUGUCACAGGAAGUAACGCUGUGAUCGAUGUGUGUAUGUUCCUCUUCGCAGACACUUGCUGUUAAAGAUUGUUGGUGUGGUAGCCUAAUUGUUUCUUGUCUUUCCAGUUUUUUCUUGGCGUUUUCUUUCUUCUCUAUGUUUGUAAUCGGUGUUUAUGUAGAUGACCCUGCUUAUCAUCGUCUUUUAGGAUCUGUGCAAUAAGAUGUGGUUUUGAGUUUUGUAUAUCACCCACAAAAAGCUCUAUGGAUGUCAUAGAUGUUGUAUACUAUACAAAUAUUUAUACUUCUAAAGUUGUAUAACACUGAAAAUAAAAAGGCAUGUGAAACUA